AACAAUAAUGGCUACAAAAAUGCUAGGGGAAGAAGAAGAAAAGCCUAAUAAGUUGGAUUUUGAGGAGACAGAGUUAAGGCUAGGGUUGCCUUGUGGAGGAGAAAGAAAAAAAGCUCAUGAAAUUUAUAAUAAUGCUAAUGGGAAAAGAGAUUUCACAGAAGCAGUGGAGUUGAAGCUCAACCUUUGUUCAAAACUAACAGAGAAUCAAGCUGCCAAGGCCCAAGUUGUGGGUUGGCCACCAGUGAGGUCCUACAGGAAGAAUAUCCUAAAGAGUACUGUUGUUGUUGCUGCUGCUGCUGCUUUAGUCAAAGUCAGUAUGGAUGGUGCACCUUACCUUAGAAAAGUGGACAUAAACAUGUACAAGAAUUAUCAACAACUCUCUGAUGCCUUAUCCAACAUGUUCAGUUCCUUUACUAUUAUCCAAGGAAUGAAAGACUUCAUGAAUGAAAGAAAGUUGAUGGACGUUUUGAAUUAUGUUCCUACUUUUGAAGACAAAGAUGGUGAUUGGAUGCUUGUCGGCGAUGUCCCUUGGGGGAUGUUUGUUGAAUCUUGCAAGCGUUUGCGCAUCAUGAAAGGAACUGAAGCAAUAGGACUAGCACCUAAGGAUAUGGAGAAAUGCAAGAACAGAAGCUGA